UCUAACACAUCACUCCAAUAUAGCUCAUAUAUAAUUUCUUCUCUCUCUUUCUUUCUAGUCUUUAUAUUAUUUUGGUAAGUUAGGUGUGUUACAUUUUGCUUAGAAAUGGGUCAGGGAAGUGGCAGUGUAAGACUAAGUAUGGUCUUUGUAGUUGGCAUAUUAUGUUUCUUGACUCUAACCAAGCCUACAUUUGGAGCUAUUUAUACAGUAGGAGGAGCUGGUGGAUGGACCUUUAAUGUCAAUACUUGGACUAAUGGCAAGUCCUUCAAAGCUGGUGAUGUCUUAGCAUUCAAUUAUGAUAAAACAACACACAAUGUGGUAUCAGUAAAUAAAAGGGAUUAUGAUAGCUGCACUUCACCAAAAGGAGCAAAAGUUUACCAAACUGGAAAGGAUAGAAUCAAGUUAGCCAAAGGUCAAAAUUACUUCAUCUGCUCUCUUCCUGGCCAUUGCCCAGCUGGAGUCAAGAUUGCUAUUAGUGCAGCUUAACUAUCUGGCCAAAUCUCGCUUUCUUGCUAUGCAGAAUUAUAUGAUAGUUGUCACGUUGACAGUGUAUCAGUGUAUCUUAAACUAUUAAUCAUUGUGUAAGACGAUAAAAUCUAAAUGAAAGUGUACUACUACGUGUUUGAUUUCUAA